AUGGCGAGCCCAGCAAACCUCCCUCCCAUCUUCAACCCUACGUCCCAGGACAUUGAGAAUCUCCUGGCGGCACAAUGUCACCUGGGGUCCAAGAACCUGCAGGUUCACAUGGAACCUUACCUGUGGAAGACUCGACCUGAUGGCAUCAAUGUCAUUAACAUCGCUAAGACUUGGGAGAAAAUCGUCCUCGCAGCCCGGAUCAUUGUCGCAAUUGACAACCCAGCUGAUAUCUGUGUCAUCUCCGCCCGUCCCUAUGGCCAGCGCGCAGUUCUGAAGUUCGCCGCCCACACCGGAGCCGUCGCCAUUGCCGGUCGUUUCACCCCGGGUAACUUCACCAACUACAUCACCCGCUCGUUCAAGGAACCUCGCCUGAUCAUCGUCACCGACCCUCGCACCGACGCCCAAGCCAUCAAGGAAGCCUCCUAUGUCAACAUCCCCGUCAUUGCCCUCUGUGACACCGACUCCCCCACCGAAUUCGUUGACGUCGCUAUCCCCACCAACAACAAGGGUCGUCACGCCAUUGGUUUGAUCUGGUGGUUGUUGGCUCGCGAGGUUCUCCGUCUGCGAGGCACUCUUGCCAACCGCGAGAUUGACUGGGAUGUCGUUGUCGAUCUGUACUUCUACCGCGAUCCCGAGGCCGAGGAGCAGAAGGAGGAAGAGAAGGUGCCAGGUGUGGACGAGGCUGGUGCCGGUGCCGUCGACCGUGGAUUCACAGACAAUGCCGACUGGGCCGGCGAGCCAGCGGCGGCUCCUGGCAUUGAGGGUGCUCCUCAAGCCGAUGCCACCUGGAACGAACCUGCUGCUGGUGGAGACUGGGCUCAGGAAGCGACUGCUACCGCCGCCGCCGCUGCUACUAGCGGAUGGUAA